AUGCGUGUUUCCCUCAGCCCCUCAGGUGAGUGGGGCGUGUCAGGUACACACAAGUGCUUCAGGUACGAGGCGCGUGUCUUACGGGGCGGGGGGGGGGAGAGGCUUCCGCCCAGCCGCGCCGCGAGGGAGGAGCGCGGCCGUCUCAGGUGCGAGCUGCGGGCGUGUCGCCUCGCAGCAGCGGCUCAGGUGUGUCGCGGGCGUGUCCCUUCCUCCUGCGGGCGCAGGUGGUGCCAGGCGGCGGCCCCCGAGCAGCCUGCCUCCCUGCCUGCCUGCCGCAUGGCACUACCGCUGGGCCGGUGCGCGGGCUCCUUCUGGCUGGCGCUGGCCUUCGACGGGGCGGGCUUGGCGCUGCUGCUGUGCGGCGUCUUCGCCGACCUCUUCUUCGCCGACAUGCUCCUCUACGGCGGCGGGCUGAUCCUCUUCCUCAGCCUCGUCUGGUGGGUCUUCUGGUACGUGGGCAACCUGGAGGUGCCGCUGGACCAGCUGCUGCAGCAGGACGACGCCGGCCAGCCCCCGAAGACGCCGGCGGGGCUGGUGCGCUCACUCAGCCAGCGCCUUUCGGCGGCCUUCGGCUCCGUCUCCCGCGCCGCUUCUGCUUCUGCCCGCCGCCGCCCCGCAGGUGUUUCCUCGACGACGGGCUCCAACGCCAACAUCAUGGAGAUGCAGCCCGUCUGAGGGCAGGGAGGCUGCUGCUGCUGCUGCACCCCAGGAGGAGGGAGGAUUUAUUGAAAAAUGUUACUCGUUGUUACUGCCACAUGUUGGAAAAGGAAUGUGAGCAUCAUCUUGGUCAUCAGAUUAUGGGGGAAAUUAUAAAAAUGGCUUGUUUCCUUCACGGCAAAAUCUCAACAGCCUUCCCAGAAUCUGCACAAUGUACUGGAACCACACUUUUGCCAAAUAUGCUUCAGUUGUACACAGUUGUGUUGCCUGUAUCUCAAGCAAUGUCAGAGGAUUUAUGUUCAGUUAUUUACAUUUAAAAUAGUUUAUGGGCAACUGGAUCUACAUCUUUACUCAAAAAAAAAGAUUUUGGGGGCGGGGGGACGGACCUUAGCACUUAUACGCUUGAGCCUUUAUCCUGCAAACAGCUGCUUAUGAAAGUGAUUAAAACUUAGAGUUUAGAAGUACAGUAUUCACAGGACUAAGACCUUGGACAGGAAACUUUAGCACCUUGAAACCAAAGACUGGAAAUUCUUAAAAGUGCCAUGAGCACAUCUUAUUAAUAAGAUCACUCUGUGAAGAAGUUUUGCAAAUGAUUGUUGACAUUAAUUACAGUCACUUUGUGCAUUUUUUAUGUUAUACUUGAUAUCCAGUCUCAAUGUCAAUACUCAGAUUUUUUUUUUUUAAGCUUUAAAAAAUUUAAUUUAAUGCUGCAAUUUUAAAAGGAUGACAUAUCCUAACUUGUUUUCUCAGGAAAAUUGAAUAAAUGCACUAGAUUUUUACUACUAUGUGAAAUAUGUGAAAAUGAUUGAUUACAGUAAUUUAUAAAAAUGUAAGUUAUGUUUCUGAAAAUGUGGAGUUGUGAAAACAAUGGAAAGGCUCGUACCUACCUCACUCAAUAAACAUUGACACUGUGAUUCAUCCCUGCCACUGGCAAAUGGAUCAUUAGUAAGAUUG